CCAUGUUAUCAGACAGUAGAGCAGCAACUGUUUUCUCUAUGGGGAGGAACCAGUUGUAUAAUAGCAGCAGUGUGUUGUGUCUAAUGCCUGUGUUGUUGUUUUUUCGGCGCGUCAUGUGGAGUCCUCCAUGUCUUCUUUUGCUGUUCCAAGCCCUCAGCCACAGCUUUGCCGUUCCGCUACACAAGCAGCCGGAACACCAGCGGACUCUAGAGGUUCAAGUGAUCCUGGAUGACUCUACUGCACAUCGAUUCCUGAGCCGUAAGCCUCUUUAUAACCACUGGGAUUUUGAGCUGUUCACGCCAGGCAACUUUCAGCGCGAAUGCAUAGAAGAAAUUUGCAACUACGAAGAAAUGCGCGAAGUCUUUGAGGACGACUUCCAAACAAAAAUGUUUUGGGAUGUCUACGAACACAACGGGAAAGGAGGCGCAAGUGAACCUGGUGUUGACGUGGCCGGCCUGGUGGCUGGCCUCGUAGGAGCGUUGGUGUCUGCAGUCAUGUUUGUGAUUGUGGGCAUGUAUUACAUCAAAUACCGGAGGAAGCAGAGGAGCCGUUCCAGGGCUCAAAGCGACCUGUAUCCUGCGGUGCCCCUCGCCACCUUUGGCGAGGAGCCAAAGCCAGAGUCGGCACCGGGACUUCCAUCCUAUGAGCAAGUGCUGGAAACUUCAGGUGUGCACGAUGCACCUCCUCCACCUUACAACAGGAAUAGCACCAACACUGCCCCACCAACCUGAGUUGUCAACAGCAAGAUCACCUCUCUUGUGUACCCCCCUCCCCGCCAAUUUAUGUGCAGAAAAAAACACUGUGAAUUCACCUGCAGCACACCUGAUGGGGGGACAUACACAAAUAUGGCGUGGACCGCUGAAUUAUGUAUAUUGCAUAUAUCUGUGUACUAUGUACAGAGAGAAAAAGUGUGUGUGUCAAGACAGAAAGCUGCAUUAUGUUGUUUGAGGAAUAAGAAUCUGAAAUGUGAAUAAUACGGCUGUUCUUCACUACUCUGGCAUAAAAAUGAAUCACCAACUUUACAGCUCCGAA